CAACAACAAAAACACGGUACAAGCCAAAUCAAAAACAACUGGAACGAAUCGCACCUUUCGCAUUUAAUCGCCCAUUCUCGGACCAGGCGGACAUUACAACUUAUUCCAGACUGUAAAGAAGUAAUACUCAAACAACAGGGAGCAGCAUACCGUGCCAUCAUGACGAUUCCGUCGGUCACGUACAAACAGUUCGGCGAAACGGUGGUCCCGGUUGCACCGGUCGGCACCAAGCGAUGGAUCGUGCUGUACAUCAUGGUCACGGCAAUACUGCUGACCACGCUCGCCUGCUGGAAUAACCUUUCCGGGGGGUCACUGAUAGAAAUGUUCGAAGACGAUAGCGAUGCGCCGCCACCGCACACCGAGUACGCCAAGAUGGCACGCUACCUGGUGCAUAAGGCCGAAUGGGUUUCGAUGGGCUCGCUCUCGACGGUGGACGCAAUCAAGGGCUUCCCGAUGGUGAACAUCAUCUCGGUGGCGGACAGUGCGCGUGGCGAAAAGUCCACCGGCACUCUGUACUUCUACCUGACCAUGCUCGACUACACCGCCCAGGAUCUGGACCGGGACAACCGGCUGACGGUGAUGCUGACGCUUGACCAGGACCUGUACUGCACGCGCAACGGUAUCGAUCCGAUGGAACCGACCUGCGCCCGCAUCAUGGUCUCGGGCCGGGCGGACAAAAUCGAGAACGGUACCGCCGAGUACGCGUUCGGCUCGAGGGCCAUGUUUAGUCGCCAUCCGGCAGCGCAGAAGUGGAUCCAAACCGAUGGGCAUAACUUUUUCCUCUGCAAGCUGAACAUCACGCAAAUCGCUGUACUUGACUUUUACGGCGGUCCGCACUACGUUACCAUGGCCGAUUACCUGGCAGCGGAUCCUGAUAAGCGCAGCAAAGCCGCUAGCAGCAGCAGCAGCAGCAGCAACACCAGCGACCGCCAAAUUCCGCCCCGUUUUUCAACGACCGAGGGCACGACGGCGAUGCCAUAGGGAACUACUGAUACGACAUGAUGAUGCACUUGCCAUGGCGUUGCGAAAGGUGUUUUUGAAACUUGGGGAGAAAAGUGAUAACGAUAGCGAAAGAGAAAUUAAUCGCCUCUGUGUGGUGCGCGGUAAGGUAGAGCCUUAACGUAAUUAGCAUGGAAGAGGGCAUGGAAGAAUGCAUUCAACAAAAACAAAAAACUGCACCAAUUCGCCGGACGGGGGAUUUCGAAUGAUAAUA